CCCAUAAUAGCCAUCCAUAUUGCUCCACCCUCUCUCUCUCUAAAUAUUUAACCACACAACACAACAUAAAACACCAAAACAUAUACACAGAAGAAUCUCACUGAUUACUUCUUCUUCAUCCAAUACUACUUUCAAACCAUACAAACAUGAACUAAAAAACUUUAUAGUACUAAAUAGAAAGAGAGAGAGAAAAGAAGAAAAAAACUUUGCCUUACACACAAAAAAAAAUUAAAAAAAUAUGAGUGGUGGUAAUCAAGAAGAUUCAUUAAGAAGUCUCUCUUUAGAUUAUCUAAAUCUUCUCAUCAAUGGUCAAGCUUUUAGUGAUGUUACUUUUCAUGUUGAAGGUCAUUUAGUUCAUGCUCAUCGCUGCAUCCUUGCAGCGAGGAGCCAUUUCUUCAGGAAAUUCUUCUGUGGGCAGGGCUGUCCUCAGUCCAGCCCACAACUCGGCCCUGUAAUCGGGUCGAGGGAUACAGGUUCACCGGCAUCAUCAUCAUCAGUAGUGAUACCGGUGAACUCUGUAGGGUAUGAAGUAUUUUUGUUGAUGAUGCAAUUUUUGUACAGCGGACAAGUAUCAAUUGUGCCACAAAAACAUGAACCUAGGCCUAAUUGUGGUGAAAGAGGUUGUUGGCAUACACAUUGUACCUCAGCCGUUGAUCUUGCACUUGAUACACUCUCAGCCGCUAGAUCUUUUGGUGUUGAACAGCUUGCUUUGCUCACUCAGAAGCAACUGGCAAUCAUGGUAGAAAAAACUUCAAUUGAAGAUGUAAUGAGAGUUCUAAUAGCAUCAAGAAAGCAAGACAUGCACCAGCUAUGGACUACUUGUUCACAUUUGGUAGCGAAAUCAGGUCUUCCACCUGAAAUCUUGGCUAAACACCUUCCUAUUGAUGUCGUAGCCAAAAUAGAAGAACUCCGGCUCAAGUCAAACCUAGCGCGUAGAUCCUUAAUGCCACAUCAGCAUCACCAUCACCAUCACCACGACCUGGGGUCUGUAGCUGAGCUGGAGGACCAGAAAAUCCGUAGGAUGAGACGAGCACUUGACUCAUCAGAUGUUGAACUUGUCAAGCUAAUGGUAAUGGGAGAAGGGCUAAAUCUUGAUGAAUCAAUUGCAUUACACUAUGCAGUUGAAAAUUGUAGCAGGGAAGUAGUGAAAGCGUUGCUAGAGCUAGGUGCAGCGGAUGUUAACUACCUUGCAGGUCCUGCAGGGAAAACUCCGCUGCACAUUGCAGCUGAAAUGGUGUCGCCAGACAUGGUCGCGGUUCUACUAGACCACCAUGCUGAUCCCAAUGUCAGAACAAUAAUCGAUGGGGUAACUCCAUUGGACAUUUUACGUACACUAACAUCUGAUUUUCUAUUCAAAGGAGCUAUACCGGGACAUGCUCAAAUCGAACCAAAUAAGCUCAGACUAUGUCUUGAACUUGUUCAAUCAGCUGCAAUGGUGAUCUCGAGAGAGGAAGGUAGCGCGAACAUAGACCCAUCAUCGAUAAGUAUUUACCCACCAAACAUGAGUGAUGAUCAUACAUCUAGCACAAGUAGUGGUACUGGUGGCAACAACAUUGGAUCAAAUAUUAACAUUGAUUCAAGAAUGGUGUAUUUAAAUCUUGGUGCUGGAGUUACUAAUACUACUUCAAAUCAUCAUGAUCACCCUUCAUCAUCAAUGUACCACCAUUCACAUGAAUAUUAAGAUUAUUAUACAUAUAUAUAUAUAUAUAUUUUGUCUCAACAAUUCAUUCAUUGAGACUGACUAGAAAGGAAACUCGAUCAUCUCAACAUUUUAUUAAUACUACUACUACAAUAAUUAAUCUUCUGCAUGAUAUUCAAA